CCCUCUCCGGAAGGAAAAUUGAUCAAACUAUUGGAGAAUUAUUCUUGAAGAGGGGAAAAUGGAAAAUCCUAUCCAGCCGACCGUGCAGAGGAAUGGUGGGAAGGUCGCAGAAAUCCCAUGAACGGACGUACAUGCCUCUGUGCGCUGCUGCAACAAAGAUGCCUAGUCUACCACAUAAACCACCCUCCCCUGGCAUAUACGGAACGGUGGAGGAGGGUUCCCAUCAUGCCCCAUGAUUCCUUACAUCGGGUGUCUCAAGUGCAACCAACCAUUCUCUGGAUGUGUGCCAGGCACGGCCGGCCGUGCCUGGACUGGAUGGUCUCGAACCUCCAGCCCACGUUGGAUUCCUUCGCCCGGAAAUUAACACGGGAUGUCUGGUCGAAUCAUGAGGCCGCUACACACCCACCCGAAGCCUCAGGCACGGCAGACGAGCUGAUCCAUUUGAUUAACUCAUUAAUCGAGAUUAGAUGCCCAUUCUGCUUCUUCUUCCUCUUUCCACCAUUGCACUCGCCUAUUCCUGUCACCGGCAUUUGGGCUAGUCUAUCAUUCCCGCAAACAGCCGACCGUUGAAGGACUUGGCCUUUCCCAUAGCACCAGAUGUCAGGUUCCAUGGUGAGACUUGUCAGCCAGCCCCAAU